AGUGACAGAACCUGAAAAAGAGCGCUACCGAGAAUUUAGUUCUACAGCUUCAGCCAGACACUCUUAAAAAAGUAAACUAUUAGCAAGGCUUCUACCAAUCUGUCUGAAAAAGCUACUGUAUGACACUAUCACCGAUUAAGAUAACUUUAUCAACCGCAUAGCAGAAUGGUAUCACCUCUAUAUCCGGUCUUCUUUCAACAAUUUGCCACGUUACGAUUAAAAAAUUUUCACACGCACAGUCCUUAUCGUGAGCACUGAUUAAUCUAUCAUUUUUGGUAGGCUCUCUAUAAUUUCGAUAAACCUUAAAGCCUAAUCACUUUCGAAUAUUUUAAACCGAUGUGGGCCACAAGUUCUGUUUAGUAUCGUCUAGUCCAUCGGACAAACUGGACUCCUCGGAACAGCGAUGGAGUUGUUUUUCAAACUGACACUCGGUCUGAUUGUGAUUACCGGAUUCACUGGAUACACAAAAGCACAAGAUACUGAUUUCGAGAUUCGCUGCGGUCGGGUUUCGUACGCUUUUUUCGCCGACCCGAAUGAUUGCGGUAGGUUCGUGUUCUGCGAGGAAGGAAUACCGGUAGAGUUCGAGUGCGAGCCGGACGAGAUCUGGUCCCAACCAGACGCUAGCUGUGUGCUGGGAAAUCGGGAAACCUGCGAACUUUGGGACGCACAGGAUGCUUGUCUUGGGCUGGACGAUGGUCCCAUAGUUUAUCCGAGAAAUUGUGAAAAGUUUAUCAAUUGUACCGACGAGCAGGCGGUGGUUGUGGAUUGUCCGUUGGGUUUUGUUUUCGUGGAAAAUGGAAUCGAUUGUGUGAUCGGCAGUGCGAUGCUGUGCACACCCUUGGAUCAUCGUUGCCCAGAUAAUGGAGUAGAAAAUAAUGUCGUGCAUCCUGAUUUUUGCGAUGCUUUCAUUAGUUGCAAUGGAAAUGAGACAAUGUUGGAAUUUUGUCCGGCAGGUGAAAUUUUCCGUUCGGAUAUUCGAUCUUGUGCUCCAGGUGACCCGGUGAGAUGUACUUUAACACAGUUGGACACUAUUUGUAUGGACAGACCGGAUGGUAUCGUUCCACAUCCUGAAAGUUGCACCUCAUUUGUGGAGUGCUACGAGAACAAUACAACGGUGGUGCCAUGCAGACGAGGCGAAGUAUUCAAUCCACGAAGUUCGGAGUGUGUAGUUGGUAAUGAUGAGACUUGUGAGGUGUUGGACGGUGUAUGCAUUAACCAACAAAGUGGGAGGAUAUUUGAAAUUCCGCACCACUGUGACCUGUAUAUUGAGUGUUCCGACAAUAAUGCUACGCUGGCUUCAUGCCCAGGGGGUAAGAUUCUUCGUCCAGAUAUGCAGUUUUGUGUUCCAGGUGAUAAAGAAACCUGCGAGUUCACUCCUCUUGAAGACAUGUGCAAUGAUUUACCUUUCGGAACGAUUUUCCCACAUCCAGACGAUUGUGGGAAGUACGUGAGAUGUGCAGUCAGCUCAGUCACGGAAAUCCCUUGUCCAGAGAACCACAUCGUUAGACCGGGCAGUAUCGAUUGCGCUCCAGGAGACCCAGCAACCUGUCAGCUUUUUGAGGAUCUAUGCAUCGAUAGAAAUAAUGAAAGACUUCCUCAUCCAAAUGAUUGUGGCUCCUACAUCUACUGUCAAGGCAGUCAAUCGGUCAUCUUGACGUGCCCUCCAGGAGAAAUAUUUGAAGAGACUGGACAAAAGUGUAUACCGGGAAACACCGAAACAUGUGAGCCGUUGACCUGUAUUGGCCAGGAGAAUGGUUCUUCAUCUCAUCCCAAUGUGUGCAACGUGUUCAUUCGAUGCGAAAGUGGACAGGUUUCUCUACAACUGUGCCUUUUGGAACAUAUCUUCCAUCCAACUUUACUAGUUUGCACACCGGGUGACAUAUCCAGUUGCAUUUUCGAUCCUAUCGAAGAAAUGUGCGUGGGACGAUUCGAUGGAACACGUUAUCCUUACCCGGCAUUAGAUGAAUGCACCCGGUACGUCGUCUGUGACAGUAAUCAAUCCAACGUACAAUCGUGUCCCGCAGAAACUGUCCUGCUGCCACAGUACAUGGAAUGUGUGCCAGGAGAUGUUGAAACAUGUGAACAUUUUGAAAAUCUCUGCGAUCCGGACCAUGAAGAAAUCUUUCCUCAUCCUAGCAGAUGUGAUAUCAGAAUUAUAUGCAUCGCUGGAAAGCCUGUUCUAGAAUUUUGUCCAGAUGGGCAGAUAGUUGACCGGGAAUCCUUGCAAUGUGUUCCCGGUGAUAUCAAUGACUGUAAACCACCGGAAACUUUUUGCGUUGGCCGACCUGAUGGUGAUUAUGAGAACCCAGAUGACUGCACUCAAUUUAUUCGUUGCAUCUCUGGAGUGGCGUCGAAACUGAACUGUCCCGAUGGCGAAAUUUACCGUCCGGAAGUGGAGUUUUGUGUUCCUGGUGAUGCUAAUACCUGCGAAUAUUUUCCGCUAGAAACAAUGUGUCAAGGUCGCCCUAAUGGUCAACGAUAUCCUCAUCCGGGUGACUGUGAUAAAUUUGUCAUUUGUCAAAAUCAAGAACCAACGGUGCAAUCGUGUGAACGAGGUACAGUUAUUCAGCCUGGAACAACGGAGUGUGUUGCUGGAAAUACAGAAAGUUGUGAAGUGUUGAGUUUGUGUACAGAGGAAGCUGAUGGGACCAUUAUUCCUCAUCCGAAUCAUUGUGAUAUAUUCAUCCGAUGCAUAGAAAGCGUGGAUGUCGUGGAAGAAUGUCCAACAGGGGAAAUUUUGGAUCAAUCCCAAAACGAAUGCGCUCCUGGAGAUUCGGAAACGUGUAUACUUACUCCUGAGCAAAAUGUUUGCGCCGAGCUGCCUGAUGGAACCAUACUUCCAAACGAGGACGAUUGUACUGGAUUUUGGACAUGUGUGGAAGGUUCUCCGGAUCCGAAUUCUUGUGAAAGGGGAGAAGUUUUUCACGAACCUGAUUUAAGCUGUGUUGCGGGCAACGUAGAAGCUUGUGUUGCGCUUAAUGAUGUUUGUUUCGAAGAAACCGACGGGACAAAUCUUGCUCAUCCCAGCUUCUGCGAUCUGUUUAUACAAUGUAGCGAUCAGAUUCCAUUGCUGCAAAGUUGUCCACAAAACACAAUAUUUGACUCGGCGCAAUCGCAGUGUUUACCCGGUGAUCCAAUCACUUGUGAACUAGCUCCCACACCGAAUAUUUGCGCCGAGCUACCCGACGGAACAAACCUUCCAAACGACAAUGACUGCAGCCAAUACUGGACAUGUGAGGGAGGCUUGGCUCUUCCAGCCACCUGCAAUAGAGGUCAUAUUUUCCAUUCCACUGAACUGAUCUGUAUAGUGGGAGACACAGAAACUUGUGAAGUGUUGACUGAAAUCUGUUUAGAGCAAACCGACGGAACAAACCGCGCUCAUCCUAACUUCUGCGAUCUGUUCAUUCAAUGUAACAAUCAGGUACCACUGCUCCAAACCUGUCCACAAAACACAAUAUUCGAUGCCGCCCAAUCGCAAUGCUUACCCGGAGAUCAGAGCACUUGUGAACUAGCUCCCACACCGAAUAUUUGUGCCGAUCUUCCCGACGGAACAAAUCUUCCAAACGACAAUGACUGCUCCCAAUACUGGACAUGUGAAGAGGGCUCGGCCAUUCCAGUUCCUUGCGAUAGAGGUAACAUAUUUCAUCCCACCGAUUUGGUCUGCAUACUUGGAAAUUCGGAAACCUGCGAAUUGUUGGAUCAAAUCUGUUUAGAGCAAACCGACGGAACAACGCUGGCUCAUCCCAACUUUUGCCAUCUGUUUAUUCAGUGCAACGAACAGGUAUCAUCGCUACAGACCUGCCCGAUAGACACCAUAUAUGAUAACGAGCGACAACAGUGUCUUCCCGGGGACCCGAGCACUUGCGAACUUACUCCCGAAUCGUUAGUUUGCGCUGGCCAACCCGAUGGAACUCUUCUACCGAACGAGGAUUAUUGUGCCGGAUACUAUCGCUGCGAGGAAGAACAACCUAUAUCCGUGCUAUGCCAACCAGGAAACAUCUUUGACCCGACAAUCAGCAGUUGCGUUCCUGGCAAUGAUGUUACCUGUGAAGACUACAGCGCCCUCUGCGCGGAUCAGUCGGAUGGAAUUUUACCGUUUCCAGUCAUAACUCGAUGUAACCUAUUUCUAGCCUGCUCAACAGGGGUCGCCUCCACCGGUUCGUGCCCCGCGGGUGAGAUUCUGGUCGCGGAAUCGCAACUUUGUGCUCCGGGAAAUUUGGAAUCUUGCACUUUGACAGAUGAUAGCUUUGAAUUUUGCAAUGGUUUAGAAAAUGGGCGGUAUGUACAUCCCCUGCUCUGCUAUCUGUUUCUGGAAUGCGCAGAGGGUGUGACACAAGUGAACGCGUGUCCAGCGGAGGAAAUUUUCAGUCCUGAUGAGCUGCAGUGUGUGAGUGGGGAUAGAAUGAGUUGUUCCGUAGCAUCGCUUACUUUUACUGGACUCCCCUUAACAGCAAUGGAGUGGUUGUUCAAAGUGACACUAGGGCUGAUUGUAAUUGCUGGCUUAGCUGAAGGCACGCAGGCUCAAAGUACUGAUUUUGAGAUUCGCUGCGGUCGGUUUUCGUUUGCGUUCUUCGCCAACCCGAGCGAUUGCGGUAGGUUCGUGUUCUGCGAUGAAGGAGUGCCGGUUGAGCACGAGUGCGAGCCGGACGAGAUCUGGUCCCAGCGAGACGCUAGCUGUGUGCUGGGAGAUAGGGAAACCUGCGAACUUUGGGAUGCACGGGAUGCUUGCCUUGGGUUGGACGAUGGACACAUUGGUUUUCCGAGAAAUUGCGAAAGGUACAUAAACUGUUUCGAAGAGCAGGCCGAGAUUGUGGAUUGUGCGCUGGGAUGGAUUUAUGUGGAAAAUGGAACCGAUUGUGUGAUCGGCAGUGCGACGCUGUGCAAAUCGUUGGAAUAUCUUUGUACAGAUAACGAAACACAAAAUCUUUUCAUUCAUCCCGAUUUUUGCGAUGCCUUUAUUAGUUGUGACGCAAAUGAGAUUAUGUUGGACUUUUGUCCCGCAAAUGAAAUUUUUCGUUCGGAUAUCCAAUUUUGCGCUCCAGGUGAUCCGGAAAGAUGUACUCCUACUAGAUUGGACGAUCUUUGUGUAGACAGGCCCAGCGGUAUUGUUGCGCAUCCUCAAGGAUGCACCAAAUUUGUGGAAUGCUACGAGAACAGUCCAACCGAAGUGCAGUGCCAGCGAGGUGAAGUAUUUAACCCACGGAAUGCGGAGUGUGUUGUCGGUAAUGAUGAGACUUGCGAGGUGUUGGGUGAAGUGUGCAAUAACCAACCAAAUGAAUGGGUAAUCGAAGCGCUAAAUCAUUGUGACCUUUAUAUUAGGUGCUCCGACAAUAGCUCUUCGCUGCGUUCAUGCUCACCGGGUACCAUUCUUCGCCCAGAUAUGCAAUUUUGUGUUCCAGGCCACAACGAAACUUGUGAGUUUACUCCUCUUGAAGAAAUGUGCAAUGAGUUACCUUUUGGAGCGGUUUUUCCUCAUCCGCAUGACUGUGGGAAGUAUGUGAGCUGUGCAAUCAAUUCAGUUUUGGAAAUUCCUUGUCCAGUGAAUCACAUCGUUAGACCGGGCACUAUCGAAUGUGUUCCCGGGGACCCUGCUACCUGUCAACUUUUAGAAGGUUUAUGCAUCGACAGAAACGACGAGAGAAUCCCUCAUCCAACUGAAUGCGGCUCCUACAUCCACUGUCACGAUGAUCAGUCAGCCAUUCUGAUGUGUCCUUCAGGAGAAAUAUUUGAAGAGAUUGGACAAAAGUGUAUGCCGGGAAAUACCGUAACAUGUGAGCCGUUGAUUUGCAUUGAUCAGGAGACUGUUGUUUCACCUCACCCUAAUCUAUGCAACUUGUUCAUUCAAUGCGAAAGCGAAAAAGUUUUCCUACAACAGUGUAUUCAAGGAUCCAUAUUUCAUCCAACUUUACUAGUUUGCACGCCGGGUAAUAUUACCAGUUGCGUUUUAGAUCCAGUCGAAGAAAUGUGCGUGGAACGAUUCGAUGGAACACGUUAUCCUUAUCCGUAUAUACAUGAAUGCACCCGGUACGUCGUCUGCAUCAAUGGUCAAUCCAAUGUACGAUCCUGCCCUGACGAACAUGUCCUGCUACCACAAUAUUUGGAAUGCGUACCAGGCGACGUUGAUACUUGUGAACAUUUUGAAGAUCUCUGCUCCCCAGACCAUGAAGAAAUCUUUCCUCAUCCCAGCAGAUGUGAUAUCAGAAUCGUGUGCAUCGCUGGAAAGCCUGUUCUAGAAUUUUGUCCCGAUGGGCAAAUCGUUGAUCGGGAAUCGUUGCAAUGCGCUCCUGGUGACAUCAACGACUGUUCAACACACGAGUUCCAAUGCGAUGGCCAGCCUGAUGGUGAUUAUGAGAACCCAGAUGACUGCACCCAAUUUAUCCGUUGCAUCUCUGGAGAGGCAUCGAAACUGAACUGUCCAGAUAGCGAAAUUUACCGCCCGGAAGUGGCGUUUUGUGUUCCCGGUGAUGCUACUAACUGUGAAUAUUUUCCGCUGGAAACAAUGUGUUUAAGUUGUCUAAAUGAUCGACAAUAUCCUCAUCCGGUUGACUGCGAUAAAUUUGUCAUUUGUCAAAAUCAAGAACCAACGGUGCAAGAGUGUGAACGAGGUACAAUGUAUCAACUAAAAAUAACAUCCAAAAGCGCAUCAACUUUGCUUUCGCUUGUUUUGUUUAUUUUGUUGACGUUUAUGAACCCAUAUGGCAUCGAUAUGUAUCGAAAUUCCAAAAAUAAUGGUACUAAUAAUAUCCUGUCAUUAUUGUAUGAUUUAAAAUUUGAUAUCUGGGAAAAGUCGUGGGGUGUCGGGCUUACCCAGGGUGUCGGGCUUCCCCCCAGUUCCCCUACAGAGGAAGCUGAUGGAUCAGUUCUACCUCAUCCGAAUCACUGUGCUAUAUUCAUCCGAUGUGUAGAUAACGUGGAUAUCGUGGAGGAAUGUCCAACAGGGGAGAUUCUGGAUCAAUCCCAAAACGAAUGCGCUCUUGGAGAUUCGGAAACUUGUAUUCUUACUCCUGAGCAUAAUGUUUGUGCCGAGCUGCCUGAUGGGACCAUACUUCCAAACGUGGACGAUUGUAGUGGAUUUUGGACCUGCAUAAAAGGUUCGCCAGACCAGAAUUUUUGUGGAAGAGGAGAAGUUUUCUAUGAAACUGGCUGUGUUGUGGGUAACGUUGAAUCUUGUGUUGCGCUAAAUGAUGUUUGUUUCAAAGAAACCGAUGGGGCACACCUCGCCCAUCCAAACUUCUGCAAUCUCUUUAUCCAGUGUAAUGAUCAGGUGUCAUUGCUUCAAACCUGUCCCUUAAACACAAUAUUCGAUUCGACACAAUCGCAGUGUUUACCAGGUGAUCCCAGCACUUGCAAGCUAGAGUCCACACCGGAUGUAUGCGCCGAGCUUCCGGAUGGAUCAAAAUUUCCAAAUGAAAAUGACUGCACCCAAUACUGGAUAUGUGAGGGAGGCUUGGCACGUCCAGUUGCUUGCGAUAGAGGUAAUAUUUUCCAUUAUAAUGAACUAGCUUGUAUACUGGGAAACGCAGAAACAGGCGACGUGUUGGAUCAAAUCUGUUUGGAGCAAUCCAGUGGAAUAACGCUCGCUCAUCCUAACUUUUGUGAUCUGUUUAUUCAGUGCAACGAAAAGAUACCAUUGCUGCAAACCUGCCCGUUCGAAACCAUAUAUGAUAAAGAACAACAACGGUGUCUUCCCGGUGAUCCGAAAACUUGCGAACUUACUGCGGAGCCGUCAGUUUGCGCUGGACAACCUGAUGGAAUUCUUCUGCCCAACAAGGAAUAUUGUUCUGAAUACUAUCGCUGCGAGGGAGAGGAACCAAUAUCCGUGCUUUGUCAAUCUGGAAACAUCUUCGACACGACGAGCAACAGUUGUGUUCCCGGAAAUGAUGCUACCUGUGAAGCCUCCAAUGUUGGACAAAUUCUGAAACAAAUGUCUCAUUUAUUUUCUUUUUUUAUUUUUCUUUACAUAUUGAUAGAUAUUUUUCCAAAUUUUCGAUGAGAUUGAAUGUUCAAUUUUUACUAGCACUGAAAAUUCAAAAGGUAGGAUUUCGCUGAAACAACAACUACUACUACUACCACUAAUGGUACAGUUCUCUAGUAAGCCAUGUUCAUCAAUGAUCUAAAGCACCAACAGUAUAAGUCAAAUCGCGGCGAUCAGGAACAAACUAUUAUUUUAGCCACUUUUCUUAGAAUGGUCCAAUAAAUUUAUCUUAAGAGGACCUGCUCUGUUGUAGUUUAGCGAACGCAUAUCUUUCAAACCAUAGUCCAAUGAACCUGAAGCCAAUUUAUGUUUUAAUCAACUCUCUGAAGUCUAACUAGUUUGUAUCUGCUAUCAGAAAGAAGUUUAUUACAAACAUCUAAUGCCUAGUCAGUAC